AUGGGAAUCAAUGGUAAGGUAAGGGUUCGGGGUGACGGGGGCAACGGGUCAAGGGACAGCAAAAAUAUUGGGGUGCAUGUUCUCUGGACUCCGGCUGUCCUAGUGUGUGCAGAAAUGAAGGUUGCUAUGGUGGAAGAUGCUCAGGACUCCGUGGCCGCUGCCUUUGCUCUUAUCAUCAAGAGAUGGUGGCACCAACUGAGGCUAGGGUUUGUUUGUCACAGAGCCGUUAUUUUAAAGGCCCAUGUGCAAGGGACCAUAACUGUGCUAUGGUGUGCAGGAAUGAAGCUUUCUCCGGUGGAAGAUGCAAAGGAUUCCGUCGCCGCUGCUUUUGCACCAAGCUUUGUUAAGUUAAGCAAAGAAAAUGCAGCAACCAUUGCUAUAUAUGGCCAGAUGGCAGAGGGCAAGAAAACUAUGGAGGAGGGCAUUGAGCAAAGAGUGGGAAAGGAAGAUGACAAUAUGAUACAAAAGUUGAAAGAAGAGAAUCAGAAGAUAAGAGUGAGAAAAGAACACACCAACAAAGGUGCAUGGACUAAAGAAGAAGAUGAACGUCUCAUUAAUUAUAUCAAAGCUCAUGGUGAAGGUUGUUGGAGGUCUCUCCCUAAGUCAGCUGGUUUGCUUAGAUGUGGAAAGAGUUGUAGACUAAGGUGGAUAAACUACCUAAGGCCUGAUCUCAAGAGAGGAAACUUCAGUGAAGAAGAAGACGAACUCAUCAUCAACCUUCACAGCUUACUUGGAAACAAGUGGUCUCUCAUUGCUGCUAGGCUACCAGGAAGAACUGACAAUGAGAUAAAGAAUUAUUGGAAUACUCAUAUCAAAAGGAAGCUCUUUAGCCGUGGAAUUGAUCCUCAAACUCACCGUCCACUCAACUCCACCACCACCACCUCCUCCUCUACCACCACCACCACCACUAACAGCACCAACAAAAAUAGCAACAUGGGCACCAAGAGGAGUGGAAAUUUUCAACUAGAAGAACAAAACUAUUCAUUUGUGCAAGUGCAGCCAGAGUUUAUGAUGAGCGAAAUGAUGAAGAAGGAAAACAAUUCCAAUAUCGUCAAGGUAGGUGGAAGCAGUGACUCGGCUGAAGAUUCCAAUAGUAGCAGUGGAGUGACAACAGAAGUAGAAUUGUAUCCAGAUCAUAAACUCAACCUUGAGCUCUCCAUCGGCCUUCCAAUUCCAAGUCAGUCUCAAGUUUCUUCCAUCAACAAUCUUAAUGGUUCAAAGCAAGCAAAACAAGAACAAGUAGUCACAUAUCAACUGUUUGGGACAUCUACUACUCCUAGUUCUAGUGCUCCUGUUGUUGUCCAUGAAGCAGAAUGUUUGUGUUACAAUCUAGGGUUCAAGAACAGUCAAGCAUGUAGUAGUUGUAAUGCCAUGGGAAAAACAGUAACAGCUGAUAAUCUUUAUAGAUUUUACAGACCUUUGGAUGCUUGA